CUCCACGUCGAUAUUUACACAAUGAGAACAAUGAUGUAUGCAAGUUUUUUGUUGAUGUGUUGUUUUGCAAUAUCAGAGCAAUCGUGUUGGUGUGGAUCAAAAUCCACACAGCGCAAUGUUUGUAACAGCCAUAUAGUCGUUGAGGCUAAAAUAGAAUCAUACUCAGAAAAUGCUUACGACAGAAAUUACCAAAUAUCCGCGAAAAAGUUCUAUAAAGGAAAGGAAGAGUGGUAUGAUAAAUUAGCUGAUAAAACGACAUUGGUAACACCAAAAGAUUUUUCAGUCUGUGGACCCGUAGAUUUGAAAGUAGGAUUCAGCUAUAUUCUCACAGUCUAUGUAACACGUGGCAAAAUGCAUAAUACCCAUUGUGAUCUCCAAGUUGAGGCUUCCAAAGCAACUAACACCUUGUUAGAAGGCCUUGAUGGAAAAUAUCUAAAGAACUGUGAUUGUAAGAUUCCACAUGAAAUGGAUGAACCACAGGUAUUUCGUUCCCCCAAUCUAUGUGAACACUUCCAUUGUGGUAAUCGUGAUAUUUUAUGUGCUAGAGAUGUCAAUGGGCACUGCAAUUGGCAACCUUGCUAAAGAUCGAAAGAUGUG